AUGAAUUCAAAACGGGUAAAUAAUGUGAUUAGCCUUUUGAUUAACGAAAUAAAAACAAACGAGCGGCCAGAAAGCGCAAAAGAAUUGGCCAAAGAAAAGGGUGUAAAUGUUGCCAAGUCAUUUUUGGACAUUAACCAUGCAGAUGAAAACCUCCCCUGUGAAAGUCCCAAACGAAACUGUCCAGCCGAAAGUGGGCAACCUGGGAAAAGUAACCACUGUGUAAAUUCACAGGAGGAAAAGAAGACCACCCCCGACGAAGACAACUUCGACGAUGAUGUCAUCGACGAAAAGGAAAAAGUGGCAUUGGAAUUUUAUGAUGAUCGAAUAGACAUUUUCGAAGAAGAAUAUGUGAACAAAAAAUAUAGAUUCUGCACCAAAAGCUGUGACUCGAGUUUGUGCUGUUGCGGGUGCUUCAUUCCCGUUUGCUACCAAAGUCAGAGGCAUGAGACCUACGUCAACCAGUACAGAAGCUUAUACGCGGUGAAUGUGCGUAUCGAGGACAAGAAAAUUAUUCAUGAGCACGAAAUAAAUGCUACAGACAACACCAAAGGCGGCAAACGCAGCCACAGCCACGGUGACCCAAGGAUCCCGCCCCCCCUGGAGAAGCCGGAGAACCAAGCAGAGCUCCCUCACCCCGAGUUCGAAGAAACCCCCGAAGGAGAAAAAGAAGGGGAAGACGAAAAAUCACAAACAUAUCACGCCGUUUUUUGCGAAAACUGCAAUAAUCAUGUUGCCUAUCUUGAAAUAAAAAAAAAUAUUUUCCAUUUUUUUGAUGUGUUACCUGACUGA